UGCGCGAACUGUAUCUACGCUGGAAAUCACACCGUGACCUCAGUGGUCAAACGAAAGACACUUAUUGAUCACUUAGCCACAAUCUUACGUGUAGUUGAAGCACUUCUACUUCUAAACAUCUUGUCCUCUUUUUUUUUUAUCGCAAUCGACUGAGCCAAUAAAUGCCUUAAAACGUUUGUAUAGGCGUCAGGAAGUAAUCCCCAGCUGCAAGACCUUCGCAACUUCCCAGUGGACUAGUUUUCUCCACUUCCGAAGUUACCUCUUGAGAAAUAACUUCAUGGCACGAACUAUUGCUAUGUUGUCUGUUCAUCCCUCACGGGGACUCGUGGACGAAAAGUUCCGAGUGGAGGUGGAGAAUCUCCCCCCUGCAUGCCCAGUGACUCUGCACUGUCUCCACCGCUCCGAGGACCAGGACCACUGGGAAGCCUUCGGGCAUUACUGCAGCGACCACAGCGGGACGGUGAAAGUUUCUGAAGAUGAAAGUUUCGGGGGAACUUACAGCGGAAGGGAACAUAUGGGACUGCUGUGGAGUAUGCGACCCGUUCCAGGCAGUAGAAGGGGUCUUAGGUUGAGAAAGACGCGAGUUGACUUCCCCAUGACGCUGCUCAUAUCGGUGUACAGAGGUCACCUGACCGCGGGCUUCAGAGAGCUGCCUCCCGUGGCCUCGGUGGUAGCGGAGAGGUGGUACAUGGCGCCCGGCGUCAAACGCAUCGCAGUCGAGGAGCGAGGGGUCACUGGCACUUUCUUCAUUCCUCCGGGCCCCGGGCCCUUCCCCGGUGUGCUGGACAUGUGGGGUGGGGGAGGCGGACUGGUGGAGUACCGUUCAGCCCUGCUCGCGUCCCACGGUUUUGCGUCCAUGGCCCUCAAAUACAUCGACCCUGGGGACACUCCCACGGAUAUGGCGAUGGGCUACUUUGAGACAGCAUUUCAGAUCAUCCAAGAUCACCCGCAGGUUACCAGCGACCGGGUGGGCAUUCUUGGCCUUUCCUUUGGCACUUCAGUUGCCCUGACUCUGGCCGCUUACUCCCAGAUCAGCAGACCUCGUUGCUGUGUUGGUAUCAGCGGCAGUCACGCCUACCCAAUAAACAGACCUGUGGCUGAAUUAUUCGGGGAGAUGGGCAUGAAUGAAAAGAAAAUGAAGAGGGAUGAGGAAGAUAACGUGAUAAUGCGAAACCUGAUUCUACCCAUCGCCACCGACCCGGCCAAGAAAGUUGACGUGGGAAGAAUUGAGUGUCCGCUGCUGCUUGUCAACGGAGACGACGAUCAGAACUGGGCCACUACAGAGUCUGCAGAAGAUAUAGCCAACAUGAUGUCUGUUGCUGGCAACAAACACCUGCUGACCACCCUGACGUACCCCAAAGCGGGUCAUCUUAUCGAGCCCCCCUUCACGCCACACAUCAGGGCCAGCAACUUCAUCGUUCAACAUAGCAAAGAGAAAGUGAUAAUGCUGUGGGGAGGAGAGCCCAAAGCUCAUGCAGUUGCGCAAGAAGAUUCUUGGAAGAGGAUCUUAAACUUCUUGAAGGAGCAUCUGUGCAUCGAACCCACCCUGGCUCCCCAGGCAAAACUAUGAAUGUGUCACACACACACACACACACACACACACACACACACACACACACACACACACACACACACACACACACACACACACACACACACACACACGUGACCUUUUGUGGCCAACAUAGGAAACAUUGGCUAACGCACACAUGCACACACACGGUAAUAUAAAUCAUUCCUAAGGAUCAAUUGAUCGGAAUACAAAAGUCAAUAUAUAUUUAAUAUCAAACUUGAGACAACUUUUCAGGCAGUAAACCAAUGUUACUCAGCAGUUGCCACAAAUCAUCAACAUCUUGCACCCAAACGAAAUCAAACUGGAUUUUUAUUUUAGAUUGUAAUAAAAAAUAUUAAAAACAC